GGAACUCUAUAAACCAAAUAGCGAUCGAGAAUACGGUCGCUUGGCCGUUUGGCACUCUCUAAUGCAAUUCGGAUGAUUCCGGGCAUAAUACGAGAGACCCGAACGUACUAGAGAUAAAGACAAAUGAAUAGGUGUUUCUUCCAAAGCGAUAGUAGUUCUAUUUCACUUCAACUUAUUAAAUCGUAUAUCGAUGUUGCUUUGUCUACGUUUCAUGGAAUUUGACAUUUGACUUCACAAUUUGAAUUACGAUAUUAUAUAUUAUUUGUAUCUGUUUGUAUUUACAAUAUAUUUUUAUAGUUAUUUAUUUUAUAGUUUACCUUGAAGAAAUUAAAUUAUUUUUAUUGUUUAAAUUGGGUGAGUAGGUACAAUAGUAUUGGAUGUAAUACAAGUAGUAUCUUUUAAAUCUUAUGUGAAAUUAAAAUAGCAUCAUCUAAACAUAACCUUUUUUUCAAUUUUUUUACAUUUGCAUAUUUUUCUUUUAUUACGUUUUAACCAGUUUUAACAUUUGAAGAGGUACAUUACAUAGGUUUUUCUUUUUUUUUGUAUAUAUGUAUUUAUUUAUAUUAUUAAUUUUAAUGUACUUCUUGUCUUGUUUUUUCAAAACAAUUUAUACCUACUUGGUUGUUAAAAAUGCGAUUUUGUGUUUUAUGUACGUAUAGAAGAAUGUGCAGUGAAGUAAGCCCUUUAGCUGUGAGCUCUGAAAGAGCCUCAAGGACAAGUCCGGCGCAGUGGUCUGCUAUGGUUGAUUUUUUUCUUGACCAUCCAGAGAUGGUAACCCGGACAUUUUCAGGGCUAGAUGCCCGACAAAAAUACAAUGAAUUGUGGAAGGAACUGGCAACCAGCCUUAAUAGCAUGGGCUAUGGAGCAAAGACUCCAGACAAAUGGAUAGACGCCUUUACAAAAUGGAAAAGUAAAGUUAAGGCAAAAGCUCAGGCAAUACGAUUGGGGUUAAAAAAGACUGGGGGAGGGGCUCCUCUUCCUCCACUAACUCCAAUAGAGGAGAAACUAAUGGGCAUCUUAGGAUGGACCAUUGUGGUUGGAGACGGAACACCUGAAUUAGGCCUUGAGAAUGUUUCUAUGCCAUCAACAUUGUCGUCUACUCCGAAUAUAGUCCAGGCUAGUAAAAUUUUAACGAUGCCACCAUUGGUCCCUUUAACAAAAAGUGAAGCUACACCUGUUCAUGUGCCACCAUUGGUCCCGGUUGAAACUACACCUGUAGCAGUAGUUCAGUCUCCAGUACUGCCUCACACUAGCUCUCAAUCAACAUUAGAAGCCAACUUUUAUGAUCCCGAUGAUCAGACAAUGACUGAUUCGGUGAAUCCAGCCCCCAUAGACAAUAGGGAGAACGUACAGAAGCGUACAGCAACAACCAGGAAUUUGGCUAAAAAACGGAAGAGGGUAGGAACUGAAGUCACCCUGUCCAGCAUGCAUCAAGAGACACUCUCUGUGUUAAAAGAAAUUAGUAAGAAUAUAGGAAGACUUGCCGACAAGCAAGGGUGUAAUUGCAAUUGUAAUUGCUUAAAAUAAGUUUUUUAUUUAUUUUUAUUUUGGUUAGAAGAAUUUUGCUUUUUUAAUUUUAGUUAUCAGAAUCGAUUUUUUUAAGUUUUAUUUUGUUGA